GACACCUUCGGGACCGACGGCACGGUGCUGGAUCACCAGUUCUGGGGACGCAUCCGGCCCCUGACGGACUACCCGCUUCAUCGCUUCCUGACCUUGAUACCAGGCUUCAGCCCUCGAAAUACUUUUCUGGGAGCGGCCACGGUCGCCAGCCGCACUGAGGACUCAGAUGCCGCAAAGGAGCUUCCCCAUCGCAACUGGCAAUGUGUGCUGUGGAGCAAGGUACACCCCUGGCUGAAUGCGUCUUUGGGUUGGCCUACUUACCACCUGUCCUUGCUGCGCGAGUAUUCGAAGUACUGCAAGGUGAUUGCCACGAUAGACAAGCAGGAUACCUUCGGGACCGAGAAGAUCUUGAAGUCUUGCUGCCCCGAAAUCGAUAUUCGCAACGUUCAGUCCCCGGCCUCCUUCAAGGAUCUCUUGCAAAGCUCGGCGGUGUACCUGGGUGUAGGCGAGCCGCUGAUAGCACCCUCGUGCUUCGAAGCUUUGAGUGUCGGGACCCAUGCCAGUGACCUAGAAGUUGGGUCCUUGUGCAAGGCAGGGGGGUUAGUGCGUAAGGCUUGGGGUUUCGGGUUUAGGGCCAUGGAUGUUCUGGAGCUUGGAACUCCGCGCUUUCUGACUGUUUCGGUGCUCCGGAUGCGAGAGAUGUGA